UCAGCUUCCGUUUUCUUCUCGGCUCCAGCCCCGCUCCGCCAUCACCGAGUCCCGGACGCACAACACCGAAUGGGAUCGGAGAAAAAGAAAAUGUCAAAAUCGGAGAUGAGAUCGACACCAACGUAAUGACAGCUUAUAGCGAUAAGCGGAGGGGACAAGUUUGCAAUUCAUGCUCCAGUAUUUUAUUAUUAUCUUCCCCUGCACCGCUAGCAUCCAAGCUAACGUUUAGCUCGAACUAACCACUGAUUUUCAUUGGGAAGAUCGCUCCGCUGUCGCCACCUCCGCUAGCCGGCUAGGCUACCCUCGGCUAGCCCGUUAAACUACCCCUAGCUAGCCUGCUAGGCUACCUUGUAGACGUCACUCCACUAGCCUGCUAAGCUACCUUGCAGCUAGCGGGCUGAUAAACGGACACAUAACGGAUGCUGCGCUGUGCUAGCCGGGGUAGCCAACCGAUAGAUAAUAGAUAAUCGAUCAUGGCGAGGACACUGAUUCAGAGCCAGGAUGGACGGACUGCGGCGGGUUGGUUUUGAAUAAACCUGAGAAAGACGAGGACAGAAGCCGCAGGGAGACCAGACUCUUCUCACCCAGGCCGGUUAGCUAGCCCCGGCUAGCUACAGUGGAUACCAUAAGCCACGGCGCUGGCAAUGCCCACGAGUGUCCGGGCUGGAAGCCUGAAGGACCCGGAGGUGGCGGAGCUCUUCUACAGAGAUGACCCCGAGAAGCUGUUCACAGACCUCCGGGAGAUCGGCCAUGGGAGCUUCGGAGCCGUAUACUUUGCGCAUGACAUCCGCACCAAUGAGGUCGUGGCCAUCAAGAAGAUGUCCUAUAGCGGCAAGCAGUCCAACGAGAAAUGGCAGGACAUCAUAAAGGAGGUGAAGUUCCUCCAGAAGUUGAGACAUCCCAACACCGUCGAGUACCAUGGAUGUUACCUGAGGGAACACACUGCAUGGCUGGUGAUGGAAUACUGCCUUGGCUCUGCCUCCGAUCUGCUGGAAGUCCAUAAGAAGCCCCUACAGGAAGUGGAGAUUGCUGCCAUUACCCAUGGUGCAUUGCAGGGUCUGGUCUACCUGCACUCACACAACAUGAUUCACAGGGAUGUGAAGGCAGGUAACAUCUUGCUGACCGAGCCAGGUCAGGUGAAGCUUGGAGACUUUGGCUCCGCCUCCAUCUGCGCCCCGGCCAAUUCCUUUGUGGGAACGCCUUACUGGAUGGCCCCGGAGGUGAUCCUGGCCAUGGACGAGGGCCAGUACGACGGCAAGGUGGACGUGUGGUCCCUAGGCAUCACGGCCAUAGAGCUAGCGGAGAGGAAGCCUCCUCUGUUCAACAUGAAUGCUAUGAGUGCCUUAUACCACAUAGCCCAGAACGAGAGCCCUAUCCUGCAGUCCAGCCACUGGUCCGAUUAUUUCCGGAACUUUGUGGACUCCUGCCUGCAGAAGAUCGCUCAGGACAGACCUACCUCUGAUGUGCUGCUCAAGCAUCACUUCUUGUGCAGGGAGCGUCCCGUUACCGCGGUGAUGGACCUGAUCACCCGGACCAAGGAGGCGGUGCGGGAGCUGGACAACCUGCAGUACCGCAAGAUGAAGAAGAUCCUGUUCCACGAGGUCCACAACGGGCCAGCACCCGAGGGGGCGGAGGAGGAGGAGGACGCGGAGCAGUACAUGCUGCGCACGGGGACGGUCAGCAGCAUGGAGAGCUCCCAUUCGCUGCCCAGCAUGUCAAUCAGCGCCAGCUCCCAGAGCAGCUCCGUCAACAGCCUGGCGGACGGGUCGGACGACAGCGGAGAGAUGGUCAUGAUGGGGGAGGGGGAGCACACCGUCACCUCCAACAGCUCCGUCCUGCACAAACCACUGAGCCAUGACAACAUCUACGAUGACCCCUACCAGCCGGAGUUGGACUCUCAGCGGGACGGCCUGUCCUUGGUGGGGGUCGUGGGAGGCGGGGGAGUCGGUGUCGGUGGGGGAGGGGGAGGUGGAGGAGGGGGCGGAGGUGGGGGGAGGCGGAGGCGAGGACGGGACCACUUCGCCACCAUCAGAACGGCCAGCCUGGUGACCCGACAGAUCCAAGAACACGAGCAGGGGUCGGCUCUGAGGGAGCAGAUGUCAGGGUACAAGCGCAUGCGGCGGCAGCACCAGAAGCAGCUGAUGGGUCUGGAGAACAAGCUGAAGUCUGAGAUGGACGAGCACCAGCUGAGGCUGGACAAGGAGCUGGAGGGCCAGAGGGGCAGCUUCUCUGGGGAGGGGGACAAGCUGACCAAGAAGCACCACGCCAUCCUGGACAAGGAGAUGAAGGCUGCGCUGGCGGAGGAGAAGAAGUUCCAGCAGCACAUCCUGACCCAGCAGAAGAAGGAGCUCACCAGCCUCCUGGAGUCCCAGAAGAGGCAGUACCGCCAACGCAAGGACCAGCUCAAAGAGGAGCUGAACGAGAACCAGUCCACCCCGAAGCGGGAGAAGCAGGAGUGGCUGGUGCGGCAGAAGGAGUGUCUGCAGCAGAUGCAGGCGGAGGAGGAGGCGGGGCUGCUGCGGCGGCAGCGGCAGUACUACGAGCUGCAGUGCCGCCAGUACAAGAGGAAGAUGCUGCUGGCGCGGCACAACCUGGAGCAGGACCUGCUCAGAGAGGACCUGAACAAGAAGCAGACGCUGAAGGACCUGGAGUGCGCCAUGCUGCUGCGGCACCACGAGUCCACCCAGGAGGUGGAGUUCCGCCAGCUGGGGCUGGUGCAGCGCACGCGGGCGGAGCUGAUCCGCACGCAGCACCAGACGGAGCUCACCAACCAGAUGGAGUACAACAAGAGGCGGGAGCAGGAGCUGAGGCAGAAGCACGCCGUGGAGGUCCGGCAGCAGCCCAAGAGCCUGAAAGUGAGUGAGAGCGGGGACCAGGGGCCCCCAGACGGCUGCCCGGGGGCCCCCCCGGAACGCCCCCGACCCCCGGGACCCCCGGUGAUGGUGGGAGGGGAGGAGGGGGAGAGGGGAGGGGAGGAGAGGGAGGAGAAAGGUGUGGAAGAGAGCAAGGGAACGGAGAGGAAGGAGAGGGAGGGGGGGGCCGAGGGCGAGAGGGAGGAGGAGGGAGGUGAGGGGGAGGAGGGGAGAGAAGGUGUGACGAAGGCAGAGGAAGGCAGAAGGGCAGAAGGGCAGGAGGAGGAGGAACGACCGAAGGAGGAAGAGACGGACGCACAGAGAGAGGGAGGGGCGGAGCCGGGGUGGAGCGAGCACGACGAAGGUGACGAGGAAGAGGAGGAAGGCAGGGGCGUGGCCGACGGCUGUCCGUCCGACCUCCUCCACUCGCCCUCCCUGGAGCGGCGGCGGCGGCAGCGGGAACGGGAGCUGGACGAGCUCUCGGAGUUCUACUUCCCCCAUUCCCUGGACGAGCUGGAGCCCUCCCCCCCCGCGGCAGCUCCUCCCCCCGCCCCCUCCUCCCUCCCCUCCCUCUUCUCCCACGCCGUCUGUCUGCUCCUCACCCUCUCCAUCGCCGCCCAUCCCUCCUUCUUCACCCUCCUCUUGCUCGCCGUCUUCCUCCUCUCGCUCCGCCGCACCCCCCCGCUGCCCUCGCUCUCCUCCCUGCUGCUCUCCGCCGAGCUCCUCUUCCUCGCCCUCUUCUUCUGCUUCCUCCUGCUGCGCUCGCUCUGCUCCCUGUCGCUCUCCUCCUUCCUGUCCGUCAGCGUCUGGGGGUGUGGCCUGCUGAGCCUCGGCCUAUCGCUGAGCCUGGAGCUCUACUACGUCCCCGUGGUGCUGGUGUCGGCCUACUUCCUGAGCUCGCCCUCCCUCUUCCUGUCCCUCUUCCUGUCGCUCUACCUCCUGCUGGUGCUCGUGGUCAAGCCGGCGCGCCGCCUCCCCCGGCGGCUCUCGCGCCUCGCCAUGCGCCUCCUCUUCCGCCUGCCCCGCCCCCUCUUCGCCCUCUGCCAAUCGCUGCUGGGGGGCGUGGCCGAGCGGAACCUGUACCAGAUGUUCCCCAAGGCGGGGCGCAACUGGGGCGUCCUGCGCUCGCGCAUCCCCGUGCCCCUGCGGAGCCUGGCGCCCGACCGCGGCCCCGCCCGGCCCCGCUGCCUCGCCGCGCUGGGCCGCGCCUCCUCCUGGCUGCGCCGCUUCCUGCGCCGGCCCGUGGGCAUGCUGGCCGACCAGGCCAACGCCCUGGUGCUGGCGCUGGCCGGCCGCGUGCUCAGGGAGCUGCCGCCGGGCGUCCUGCGCCGGCUCCACGCUCUGGGGCUCCUGCGGGAGGAGAGGCCGAGCCGACUGCCCCGCCUCCUGCCCCGCGAGGAGCGGGAGCGGCGGCAGCGGGAGAGGAGGCGGAUCGAGAGGGAGAGGAGGUUCAGGCUGGACAGGGAGAGGGGCUUCAGGGAGGAGAAGGGCUGGGAGUGCGGGCUGAGGAGGACCUCCUCGGGGAGGUUCGUCAGGGGCAAGGCCCGGCCCUGGAGAUAGUGUGUGUGUGUGUGUGUGUGUGUGUGUGUGUGUCAGGCAGAGUUUUUAUUGAAGGAGCUUGGGUCCAUAGUGUGUCGUUUAUUAAGAAGGCAACACCCUAUGUCCAAUGAAGUGAUUGGCUGGUGGUAAUUAAGGGUUAGGUGAGAUGGGCUGAUUGUAACGAGGAGAGGUGUCAUGUGAUCUUUAUAUGUUUCACCAUCAUGCUUUUUGUAAAAGUUUUUUUUUUUUUAAUUAUCAUUUUUUCUUUGAUUCUGUUCUUGUUUUAUAAGACAUAUUUAUGGUUAUUGUGAAGACCGUGUUUGUGCAAUCUUUUGUGUUGGGUAUGAGUUGAUGUUUUUUUUGUUUUGUGUCAGUCGUAUGAUCUCAGAGUGUUGUUAAGUGUUGGUGUGAGAGGGCACACGCAUGUGAACAUUCACCCCCCGGAGCACUAAGCCCCUGCUAACUAGCUAGCCACUGAAGCUAGACCCUAGAUAUCUCCUAAAGCGGGCCAGAUUCUAGCUAGUUGGCCCCUUGUCUAGAUGCUAGCUCACUAGCCCCUGAACCUUAGCUCUAGCUAGCCUAAGAUGAGUGCAAUAAAAUGUGAGGACAGCCUGAAGGACAAUCCCCUCUUCCAAAGACUUAAAGACUUUAACAUGUUUAUAGCUACUUAAAUGUCUCAAUUGUUCAAAACGGUCCAGGCAUAGUUUUAUAUCAGAUUUGUUAUUGCAAUAUUUAUGCAGUACUCUUUUUAUUUACCAUGUAAACUUGAUUCUUUUUUAGUCAGAGAGUUUUUCUAAUGUUCUAUUUAAUUCAGGCCAGCUGUGACCAAAGGUCUGAAACUUGAUUUUUUUUAUAUAAAAGUAAGAUAUAUCAAACGCAAGAAACCAACAUUUAAACUUUUGGUGUAAUAGAACAACUCUACUUUUAUAAUGGUUUUACUUCUUUUAUUUAUCUGAAGCCAUAGACAAUCAUGUUGGGUGUGCAAUUUUAAAAACUAAGAUUCCAAAGAUUGUUAGAACUACUGAAUGUGAACAUCUAGUUUACGGUCUCCCGUUGGAGUCGUUAGCAGAUAGUUCUUCCACUAGUAUUUAUUCAGUACCGGAGAAGCCUUACUGGACACCUAGGUUAAAGGACCUUCUGCAGGGAUGAAUUAGAGUUGAUAUCUUUAUGAAGAAUGUUUGCCCUGGGGCCUUAGACAGCAGUUAGAGAAGGAAUAGUUUGGUCUGUAGACUGAGAACGUGCAUCCUGGAAACAGACGUUUGUCCCAAACAAAGAAGUGUUUUCCCAACAAUUGUUUGAAUAUGAUUUGUUGUUUGUAACAGACUUCCUUCCUGUGUCCUUAUGUGUGUGUUUGUGUACAUGUACGUGUCUUUGUUUGUUUAAGCGUACUUGUGGUGUAUACGUAUGUUUGUAUACAUGUGUAAAUGUACUUGUGGUGUACAUGUAUGUUUGUGUGCAUGUGAUGGCAUACCUGUGCUGUAUAUGUAUGUUCGUCUACAUGUUAUUAUACUUGUCUACAUAUACACCAUAUGUAUGUUUUGAACCCCUGCAGUAUUUCACUACUGCUUUAUGUUGGCAGCCAUUUUGUUUUCAUUUCAUCGUUUUUAGUGUCUGUUGGCAUGUUGUAAAGCUCUGUCACUUUUAAUUUGUAAUUACACCAAAAAUAAAUAGUUUUGUGUUGAAAUCAUUGUUUUGUUUUAUUAUUUGAGUUUUCAUUUAUCCUCUUGUCUUUAUAUCCG